AUGGCAUCACGCAUUAUGAUGGAGCGUGCCCUGAGCGAAAACAAAGCACUUCUGGAAUGUGAUGAAGGCGAUGACGACUACUGCUUUGGUUCGGACGAUGGCUAUGAUGACGAGGAAGAUGACGAAGGAGAGAGUGUUGUCGGUGACAAUGAGCGUGAUGGUCCCAAAAAUCCACCAGAGCUCUCCUCAUCCUCCGCCGCUGACACGGAUCUGCCGCGGUCAACCUCAGGAAAAGCGAUACAGUACUCCGAUUCUGCGGCAUCUCCGCGGAAAUCUCUACUCGAGGAGGAACUUCCAGCGCCAGCUGCUGCUGGUGAAACUGCAUCCCACCGUCCUCCUCCUCCCUCGCCCUACCUGUCGAGUCAAUGA